UCCUAGCAACAGACCUAGUCGCUGUCUCUUCUGUCCCUUUAUAGGAAGGAGAGAAGGGGGCGGGGUUGCUGAGAGAUGGUAAAGGGGACCCUUAAAGCCAAGCCAAGCAGGGCUAUAAGCCUGGUUGCAUCAAACAAAAGACUCUCCUCUCCUCCCUUGCCCCUUGGCUGCAUCUACCAGGCUGUCCAUGCUGGAAGGGAGCAGUGAGAGCUUCGGGGCUCUCAAAGGAGAAGAGAGGGGGGAAAGGCAGAGACUCCUAAAGACACAUACCCACUCCAUAAGGAAGGAUGCUUGAAUCCAUUCGAGUCACUGAAAAGCUUCACUGGCCACAGCGAGAGUUCUCCAAAAAGACCCUCUUGACUCCUGGAGACUAUAAACUGAUUCUUCAGAAUGAAAGCAGCAUUCCGGACCUAUCCCGGUCUGGAAUCCUUAAGGACACCUUCACCACAGGGACUAGCAGCUACAAUGUCCUCCUGCAGAGCAAAGAGGGGAAAAAGCACUUGUUGCAGAAGCGUCCCUUGGCAUAUCCCAAGAGGCAUAGAAAGGCUGUGAAAUCCUCCAAUUCAUCACGAACCAACGAGCGCCGCAAGAUCAAGACCCCCCUGCCUUUCCUCCGAAGCGGGUGGUGCUGCCUCAAUAGACAGCCCUCUCUUUUUAUCACCAGCCCGGUGCCCCCCAGGCUAGCACACAGCAUUUCCGUGGCAGGGAACAGCAUUGGGCCGUCCCCCAGACCCAAGGCGAAACGAUGUUCCUUCUCCAGCCUGACCAAGCCAAAGCCGCUGCAGCCAUCCAAAAGCUACUUAAAGGAAGGCGAUGCCAGUGGGCGAAAACUCUGUAUCCUCACUGCCAUCAAGCCUUCCAAUGUGGAGAAGGAGAAGAUGAAGUUCUUCAAGUCUGAUUACAGCUACAAUCCACAAUUUGAAUAUGCGAGUCCUGCCUUGUCCAACGUGUUGGCGAAGCACAGCCAUGCAUCAGGCACAUUUCUCAAGCAGGCCAUCAAAAUUAUGGAGCUGACCUUGCAAAAAUACGGAAGCUACGAAAAUUUCGAGCUGGCUACAGGAGGCAGCCUCCUUCCCAGAAGUCGCAUCUGGAGCCAUGUCAGGAAAUAUAUGGUGAAAGAAGGCUGCCUAGGCGAGAUUGUGGUUCACGUCACUGAAGACUUGCUUUCUCGAGCCUCGAUGACUAUCGUGAACGGCCGCCCAACUCUGACGAUCAAUAUUUCCACUGCACGUGAACAUUGGCUAGAAGGGAUGUUAAGGCAUGAAAUAGGGACUCACUAUCUUAGGGGCAUUAACAACAACAGCCAACCAUGGAGCAACUGGACCGGCCGCAGAAAGCAUGGACUAAAGCCCAUCAACCCCACGGAGGAAGGAUUGGCGAGUAUUCAUAGCGUUCUGCUCCGAAAGGACCCAUUUCUGUGGAGGGCAGCCCUUCUCUAUUAUACCGUCUACCAAGCAAGCCGGAUGUCUUUUAGUGAACUCUUUCAGGACAUAGGAAGGUUUGUCAAGGACCCCAAUACAAGGUGGGAUUAUUGUGUUCGAGCCAAGAGAGGUUGGACCGAUACAUCCCAACCAGGCUGCUUCAGUAAAGAUCAAGUCUACUUGGACGGCAUUCUUCGAAUUCUGAGAUACCGACAAUCCAUUGAUUUCUACUUACUGACAGCCCUAGGAAAGAUUUCCUAUGAAGAUGUGGAACGCCUGAAAGAAUUUGCAGUGCUCGAGAACAUGAGGGUGCCGCACUUCUUGCAAGACUACAGCCGGUACAUGGAACACUUGGAGAAGAUAAUGGAAGUCAACGAAUUGUCGGACCAAGAGCUCCAGGCACUAGUACCUUAGGGUGGCCAUGGUUUUUUGCUUCUAGUCUGCUUCAGAUUGGAACCCAUGGAGUGCAAACUGGUACAAGUGGCUUGUUUAACCUUAUUUUGAUGUCUGGCAGUAUCUAAAUUCUUUAGAACUGCCUCUCUUCUUUUUUAAGAAAAAAAAGAAAGAAAACGGCAGCUACUAACUGCUUUCUUUUUUUAAAAAAAUACAAGAACACCUCUCAUUUUCAUCUCAU